AUGAAGGCCGCCGCCCUCUUCUCCCUCCUCCCCCUCGCCUCCGGCAAGAUCCUAUGGGACGGCCGCUUCAACGACCUCAACUCCUCAACCGACCUCAACAAGUGGUCUUGGGCGAACCAGGUCGGGCCGUACCAGUACUACAUCCACGGCUCAGGCGACGUCACUAAAUACGUCAACCUGUCGCCGGAUUACAAGAACCCGGCCGACACGGCGUCCAAGCAGGGCGUCAAGAUCACGCUCGAUAGCACGGCGUACUGGAACGGGCAGAACAUGCGCCGUACAGAGCUGAUUCCGCAGACCAAGGCGGCCAUCAACUCGGGCAAAGUGUGGUACCACUUCUCCAUCAUGCGCAAGGACACGAAUGCGCCGAGCAUCUACCGCGAACACCAGAUUGCCUUCUUCGAGAGCCACUUCACCGAGCUGAAGAGCGGGUGGAUCAGCGGGGAGAGCGCGACGAGCAACGCGAACCUGCAGUUCAUGGUGCAGCAGAAGAGCCUGUGGAAGGCGGAGUGGAAGGCCGGUGUGUGGCACAACGUGGCGUACGAGAUUAACUUCUCCAGCGGCAGCGUUGGCUUCUGGCACUCUGAGGGCAGCGCGCCCCUCACGCAGGUCGUGGCUCCGGUCUCUGCCUCGACGUCGUCGAACGGUGCGGACUGGCACUUGGGCGUUCUGGAACUGCCCCGUGACGGGUACCCGGACAGCAACGAGGACUUUUACUUCUCGGGCGUUUAUGUCGAGGAUACUGCCAUCACGACCUCCGUCACUGGACCUGCUGCUUAA